GUAGUGUAGAUAAGAUAGUGGUUUACAUGUUAGUGAAGGGGAUCCAAGUGUACUUGAUGAACUAUGAUAGGUGAUUACAAACAUUACUACAUUGGUAAUGUGGUUUUGAGUUCAGGGAAAUCUCAGAGAAGAUGUUUAACUGGGACGAAGAGUGGAACAUUUCAUUUGCAGGCUGUGGAUUUAGGAGUAUUUAUUACCUGGGAGCAUUGAGUUGUAUCCUCCAGCAGGCUCCACAGCUGGUUCAUGGAGCCUCUAAGAUCUGUGGAGCUUCAUCUGGUUGUCUCGUGGCAGCGGCUCUGACUGUUGGGAUUCCCAUUGAACAGUUCUGUAUUGAUGUACUGACCAUAGCCAAAGAGGCCAGGAAACACACUCUGGGAGUUUUCCACCCGACCUUCAGUCUGCUGCGGACAGUGCGGGAGUCUCUGCUAGAGAAGCUUCCAGCAGAUGCCCACCUUCGGGCCUCUGGAAGGCUCUGUGUGUCCCUCACCAGACUGCCUGACAGGACGAAUGUUUUGGUGUCAAAGUUUGACAGCAGGGAGGAGCUGAUUCAGGUUCUCAUGUGCAGCUGUUUUUUCCCCGUUUACUGUGGUUUCAUCCCACCUUCAUACCGUGGAGUGCAUACGAUACACUGGAUUCAAGUCCAGAGCGCGACCAUUACACCAUGGAAUUGAUUUGAACUGAUUGUCAAAAU